UCUUUGCCGGCUGAUGGCUUGACACAUCUGAAAGCGAGAACCUUCUGCUCACAGCUCGCUGGGGUCCAUCUGAAUCUGACACGCUGAUCCAGUGGUCUCACCUUGAACUGUUUUCAGGUGGUUGCAGAAUAGAGAAUCAGGAUGCUGUUUGGCUUUUUUCUACUGUCCUUUGUGUCUUUCCUGGACAUGCAAAUAUGUUCUGCAGUGCAAUCAGAGCUGAGAAUCACAACAAUAAAGCAAGAGCCAUACACAAUGUCCAAAGGCGACCAAAUGGAAGGCUUUUGCAUGGACCUGCUAUCUGAAAUAGCCAAGAAAGUGGGCUUCAAGUACAAGGUGCAGCUGGUGAAAGACGGUUCAUAUGGACGACAGGAUGAGAACGGAAACUGGAACGGCAUGGUUGGAGAGGUGGUGAGAGGGGAGGCAGACCUUGCAAUUGCUCCUCUGACUCUCACUGCAGCUCGGGAGAGAGCUGUGGGAAUGACCAAACCAUUCAUGCAGACAGGAAUCAGCAUCCUGCUGAGGAAGGACAUCUCAGAGGGAACAGGUCUCUUUGAAUUCCUGAGUCCCUUCACAGCCGAGACCUGGGUCGGCAUACUCAUUGCCUACCUGGGGACUGCUGCUUGCAUCUUCGUAGUUGCCAGGCUCAGUCCGUGUGAGUGGAAUCAGCCACAGACUGAACAGAACGGGUUCGGUGUCCUCCACAGCCUCUGGUACACAGCUGGAGGUCUGACUCUACAAGGAGCUGGUCCCCACCCCAAAGCCCUUUCAGGACGUGUCAUCUGUAGCACCUGGUGGAUAUUUACCAUUGUACUCCUGGCUUGUUAUUUCUCCAACCUCAGCUCCUCUAAAACCCCAGAGUCCACUCACCUGAUGGUUAAAGGUUUUGAGGACUUGGCCAAUCAGGACGUGAUUGAGUACGGCUGCCUUUCUGGCUCCUCCACGCUUGCUUUCUUCAAGAAUUCAAACAACCUUGUGUACCGCAGAAUCUAUGAACACAUGGAGAGAACCAAAAGUUUUGUGUCUUCUAUGGACGAAGGUGUUCAGCGCGCUAAAAAAGGCGACUUUGCAUUCAUUGGCGAGUCUGUGUCUCUGGACUUGGCAGUAGCACGUCACUGUGAACUGGUCAGAGCACAUGAAGUUGUUGGCAUGAGGGGAUACAGCAUUGCUGCCCCCCUUGGUUCUCCCAUCAUAAAGAACCUGAGUGUGGCAAUCCUCCAGCUGAGUGAGGCUGGAGAGCUGGCUUACUUGCGAAGCAAAUGGUGGGCCAGCAGCUGCAUAGCAGACAAGGCCAAGUCUUCAGCUGUGCAGCCGCACAGCCUCAAGGGGAUGUUUCUGGUACUUUCCCUGGGCCUUGGGCUGGGAAUACUUCUGGCAGUCCUGGAGCUCACCGCAAAGAGUCGCAGCAGUGCAGCAGAGCAAAGGAAGUCAUGCUGCACUGUGCUGACGGAGGAACUGAGUCUGCGCUUGAGGACCGGCAAUGCAAACAGAUCUCAGGAAAAUGUCGAUAAAGACAAAGAAAAAGCAUAGAAACAGUUUUAAAGCAUGGCCUAGCCUGAAGUGUUUUUAUUUUAACUUAAGUCUUAGUCUUGGUAGUCAUGUUUGACAAAAUCCUUAAUACUUAAUUUCUACUUAAAGCACAACAUUUAAAAACUCGCAUUUUAUUAAAAUAUAUAAUUUAUUGAUUUUUAAGUACCAACUCUAAAAUUUCAAUGAAAAAUCAAACAUUAUAGUUUCAAAAUUAAAAAAAAAAUACUGAAAACUGAACUAACAAAUAGUGCUCAUAUGUUUAUUACUUUCUAAGUUUACUGACUGUAACUCCUGCGUCAUGCAUCUGUUUGUACAGUUGGCAGUGGCAUUGUGGAAUCUUAACGUUUCUUUUAAAAUAAACAAUUUCAUGCAUAAAAACUGUGAUUGUAAACAUUUCAGCAAGACUAAAAAGAAUAAAAAUGGUCUAAGUGUGUAA